CGGCAGGGCACAGGCAGCGCCAGCGCAGCGCGGGGCGAGAGGCCGGCGCGAGAGAGCGGGGCGGGCAACUCGAAAGCCACCCCCGGCCCAAGCCGGGCCACGCACCAGCUGUGCGUUAGGAGGCAACUUUGCAUGAGGAGAGGCUUGUUCUAUGGCCUCAGAGCUGGGUGCAAGAGAGGAUGGCAACUGCACAGAGCUGGCAACGCCCCUCUAUUUGCGAUAUCUGGAGAAAGCUCUGCGGUUGGAUCAUUUUUUACGUCAGACUUCCGCUAUCUUCAACAGGAAUGUAUCCAGUGAUGAAAGUGAAGAUGGAUUGGAUGACAAUCCUCUGCUUCCUCAGCCUGGGGGUCCCUUGAUACAAGUUAAAGAAGAACCUACAAGCUCCUUGCUUGGGGAGUCAUCCGGAGCAGGAAGUUCUGGAAUGUUAAACACGCAUUCGCUCAAUGGAGUGCUGCAAUCUGAGCCAAAAGCAGAAAAAGGGAAUCUAUACAACUUUUCCAAAUUGAAGAAAAGCAGAAAGUGGCUAAAGAGCAUUCUCCUGAGUGAUGACUCCAGUGACAGUGAGUCAGCAACUGAUGAGGAUGGGGAAGAAGGGGAUGAAUUUACUCUAUCUAGGGAAGAACUUCACAAUAUGCUGCGACUGCACAAGUACAAGAAACUGCAUCGAAGUAAAUACAGCAAGGAUAAAGAGUUACAGCAGUACCAGUACUACAGCGCAGGUUUGCUCUCCACAUAUGAUCCUUACUAUGAGCAACAGCGCCAUCUCAUAGGACCCAAGAAAAAGAAGUUCAAAGAGGACAAAAAAUUAAAAGCUAAGUUGAAAAAGGUGAAAAAAAAGAAGAGACGGGAUGAAGAACUCUCGUCUGAGGAGUCUCCACGGCGCCAUCACCAGACCAAAGUUUUUGCCAAGUUCUCUCAUGAUACCCCUCCACCGGGGUCCAAGAAAAAGCAUUUAUCCGUUGAACAGUUGAAUGCUCGCCGGCGCAAAGUAUGGCUGAGCAUUGCUAAAAAGGAGCUGCCAAAGGCAUACAAACAAAAAGUUUCUGCCCGAAACCUGUUUUUAAGCAACAGUCGAAAGCUGGCUCACCAGUGUAUGAGAGAGGUGCGUCGAGCAGCUAUCCAAGCCCAGAAAAACUGCAAGGAGACUCUGCCGAGGGCACGGCGCCUUACGAAGGAGAUGCUUCUUUACUGGAAGAAAUACGAGAAAGUGGAGAAAGAACACCGUAAAAGAGCUGAGAAGGAGGCACUGGAGCAGCGCAAACUGGAUGAGGAGAUGAGAGAGGCUAAACGGCAGCAGAGAAAACUUAACUUCCUGAUUACGCAGACUGAGCUGUAUGCCCACUUCAUGAGCCGCAAACGUGAUAUAGGACAUGAUGGAAUCCAGGAGGAAAUCUUGAGGAAACUUGAAGACAGUUCUAUCCAGAGGCAGAUUGAUAUUGGUGGAGGAGUCGUAGUCAACAUUACCCAGGAGGAUUAUGAUAGUAACUACUACAAGGCUCAGGCCCUGAAGAAUGCCGAAGAUGCCUAUCGGAUUCAUCAGGCCCAGACACGGUCAUUUGAUGAAGAUGCUAAGGAGAGUCGGGCAGCAGCCCUUCGGGCUGCCAACAGGUCUGGCAGCGGCUUUGGAGAAAGUUACAGCCUUGCCAACCCAUCUAUCCGGGCAGGAGAGGACAUUCCACAGCCUACCAUUUUCAAUGGUAAACUGAAAGGUUACCAGCUGAAAGGCAUGAACUGGCUGGCCAACCUUUAUGAGCAGGGCAUCAAUGGAAUCCUGGCAGAUGAAAUGGGGUUGGGUAAAACAGUGCAGAGUAUUGCCUUGUUAGCGCAUCUGGCUGAGAGAGAGAACAUCUGGGGACCCUUUUUAAUUAUUUCACCGGCUUCCACCCUAAACAACUGGCAUCAGGAGUUUGCCAGAUUUGUUCCUAGGUUUAAGGUGCUACCUUACUGGGGAAAUCCCCAUGACCGAAAAGUGAUCAGGAAAUUCUGGAGUCAGAAGACUUUGUAUACUCAGGAUGCUCCUUUCCAUGUCGUGAUCACCAGUUAUCAGCUUGUAGUCCAAGAUGUGAAGUAUUUUCAACGGGUUAAGUGGCAAUACAUGGUGCUAGAUGAGGCACAGGCACUGAAGAGUAGCUCUAGCGUUCGUUGGAAAAUUCUGCUUCAGUUCCAGUGCCGAAAUAGACUGUUGCUGACUGGGACACCCAUCCAAAACACCAUGGCUGAGCUCUGGGCUUUGCUUCAUUUCAUUAUGCCAACACUGUUUGACUCGCACGAGGAAUUCAAUGAGUGGUUUUCUAAAGAUAUCGAAAGCCAUGCAGAGAACAAAUCGGCCAUUGAUGAGAAUCAGCUUUCUCGCUUGCACAUGAUCCUGAAGCCUUUCAUGUUGAGGAGAAUCAAAAAAGAUGUGGAAAACGAGCUGUCAGAUAAGAUUGAGAUCCUUAUGUAUUGCCAGCAAACCAGCCGGCAAAAAUUACUGUACCAGGCUUUGAAGAACAAAAUUUCUAUUGAUGACCUUUUGCAGUCCUCCAUGGGUACAACCCAGCAAGCACAGAACACUACCAGUAGCCUCAUGAAUCUAGUCAUGCAGUUCCGGAAGGUCUGCAAUCACCCAGAACUCUUUGAACGACAAGAAACUUGGUCUCCAUUUCACAUUUCAGUAAAGCCAUACCAGAUUUCAAAGUUUCUCUACCGCCAUGGGCAAAUCAGGGUGUUUAACCACUCACGGGACAGGUGGUUGCAGUUUUUACUUUCUCCUUUUGCUCCAGACCACAUCCAGCAGUCUCUCUUCCAUAGGAGAGGUGCUGAAGAAGAGAGUUGUUUCUCUUUCCUACGGUUUAUUGAUGUUUCUCCAGCAGAGAUUGCUAACCUCAUGCAUCAGGGACAUCUAGCCAGAUGGUUAGCUCUUUUCCUGUCUCUGAAAGCCGCCUACAGGCUCCACCACUUUCGUUUCUGGAGGGAACCAGAAGAAGAUGACCAGCAUAAGACUCGGCUUCUGAAGAAUAAAGAUUUCCUGCUGGAUGUCAAUUUCCCACUCUCCUCCCCCAACUUGCACAGCUGCACUUUGCUGCAGAACCUUGUGUUCACGGGCCACUGUAAAGCAGUAAUUGGCUACUCUGAUUACAUCAUCCAUCAACGAUCAGCUACCUCAUGGAAACAGUGUUGUCAAAUCACAGAGCUGCCGUCCUUCCUGUCUGUAGUGAGCCCAAGGGUAACAGCCGUGCCACGGGAUUUCUACUGCAAUGAUCAGAGUGCAGAAUAUGAGCGCAGAGCACUUAAAGACGGAGGAAGCCUUGAAGCAAAGCAAUGUGUAUUGCAUGGAGCGCCUGAACUAGCAGCUGGCUGGCUAAAACGGUGCUCUCAGUUCUUCCCGGAAUUUCCAGGGGGAUUAUUAGGGGUCAGACCUCAAAACGGCUGGUCUUUCAUCAGGAUACCAGACAAAGAGAGUCUGAUCACAGACAGUGGAAAACUUUAUGCCCUUGAUGUUUUGUUGACAAGAUUGAAAUCUCAAGGACACAGAGUCCUUAUCUACUCUCAGAUGACACGGAUGAUUGACUUGUUGGAGGAGUACAUGGUUUACAGGAAGCAUACAUAUAUGCGGUUAGAUGGGUCUUCAAAAAUCUCUGAAAGAAGAGAUAUGGUAGCUGACUUUCAGAACAGGAAUGAUAUCUUUGUGUUCCUGUUAAGCACAAGAGCUGGUGGCUUAGGCAUUAACCUUACAGCUGCUGAUACGGUAAUUUUCUACGAUAGUGAUUGGAAUCCAACAGUAGAUCAGCAGGCCAUGGAUCGAGCUCACAGGCUGGGUCAGACCAAACAGGUCACUGUGUACCGGUUGAUUUGUAAAGGCACCAUAGAGGAACGCAUCUUGCAGAGGGCCAAGGAGAAAAGUGAGAUUCAAAGGAUGGUGAUUUCAGGAGGCAAUUUCAAACCCGACACCUUGAAACCCAAGGAGGUGGUUAGUCUUCUUCUGGAUGAUGAAGAACUUGAGAAAAAAUUGCGCCAGCGUCAGGAGGAGAAGCGGCAGCAGGAGGAGACAAAUCGUGUGAAAGAGCGUAAACGAAAGAGGGAAAAAUAUGCUGAAAAGAAGAAGAAGGAAGACGAGUUAGACGGGAGGAAAAGGAAAGAAGGCAUGAAUCUGGUGAUCCCGUUUGUUCCAUCUGCAGAUAAUUCCAACCUCUCAGCUGACGGGGAUGAGUCAUUUGUUAGUGUCGACUCUGCCAUGCCCAGCCCUUUCAGUGAGAUUUCCAUCAACAGUGAGUUGCACAUGGAAUCCAUCCCACCUGACGAGAGCAGCAAUGACAUGCUGGUGAUUGUGGAUGAUCCAGCAUCUUCAGCACCUCAGUCAAGAGCUACUAACUCCCCUGCUUCCAUCACGGGCUCAGUGUCUGACAACAUGAAUGGAAUUUCAAUACAGGAUAUGCCCAUCACAGGACGAGGUCAUUCAGGUAGAAGCCGAGGCCGUCCCAAAGGUGCAAAUGGCGGGUCAAAAAGCACAGGGAAAGGCCGGAGCCGGAAAUCCACAGCCGGAAGUGCAGCUGCCAUGGCAGGUGCCAAAGCAGGAGCAGCAGCCGCCUCAGCAGCCGCAUACGCAGCGUAUGGGUACAACGUGUCUAAAGGUAUGUCUUCAGGCAGCCCUCUUCAGACUCCGCUCAUCCGACCUGCUGGACUUUCAGACUUUGGACAGUCAAGCGCCACUUCCCCCUUGAGUAAAGGAAACAGCGUUUGUGGAACCUCCAAACCCUUAAACCUGACAGGUUCCUUGGCACCAGAAACCUCAAUCCGAAAACAAUACAAAGGAGCCCACACUUCAGGUGGGCGAUAGUAAUUCUGAAACCCUGGAACCUGUGUGUCUCCAUAGCGGCUUCCUAAGCAGCCCACCCACGCCUACCAGCAAAAGGGUUUACAGAUGAUGCCUUGUUUCCAUCCCACAUGUGGGCUUGAGGAGAAGACAACUGCACUACUGGGGCAAGAGGUAUUCUGUGUGCACUUCCGUGUGUAGCCCGCAUUUGCUGUCUUUGCAGAUUUGGGAUGAGGAGGGACAGAGACUUGGGAUGCUUGAGCUUAACUUUUCCAUUAGGCUUCUUUCUGGCAUCCUACAAAUCAUGCAGGGAA